GGGUGAUGACGGCAGCCGGCUGAUGGCACCAAUGCUCGACGUAUGAGUGAUGCAAUACUAGGUCUUGUGACAGAUCAACCACGCCUUCGACGGCUGCUGCUCUACCGCUCGCUUAAACAUGGUUGCAUAGCACUGCAAUGACCACAAUGCGCUGCUGCUGCCUCCUGCUCACUGCAGCAGCGCUGGCCCCGCCACCAAAACGACCAGCACCCCUCAAAGCCACGGACCCCCUCAGCCAAGAGGAGCUCACGAAGAUGAGGUUCGAAGAGGCGACGGACCCGCUUUCAAGACUACGAUUAGCCAUCGUCACGCACGCGCAAGUGUACAACAGCACGGACGUCGACGAGGACUUUGUCGUGCCGGAGACGUGGCCCCAACCUUUACGAGGCUUGGAGUUAGGUGCUGCAGUGGCCUCUCUAAGACGUCUAGAAGCCUCGGCCAAUCUUGAUAGAAGAAAACGACGCCCGCUCACGCACAAGUACUCGGGGGAAGAGUUAAGGAGAGAUGCCUCCUCACCACGCCCAUCAAAAACGGGCUGGGGCCGCAAGCUCACGGAGAUCGGCUUCGAGUGGAAUCCUUCGUAUAGUGUGGGAGACGAGAAACAUUUCGCACGGAUCGUCAGCGCCUUAAAAGCCUACGAGGAGGAACACGCCGAUCUCUUAUUACCGCGAUCAUUUAGGGUACCAUCAAGACCGCCCUACCCCGCAGCUCUCGCGGGCGUGGACCUCGACAGGGCGGUCUACGACCUUUCCUUCUACCGGACGUUUCUGGCGGGUCGACCGGAGCGGCAGUCGGUACUACGAGAAUUGGGUUUUUGCUGGGGCCGGCUGCAGCCCGAGUUCAAUCUGGUCAUUGAGGCAUUUAUCGUCUACAAAGAGCUGAAUGGGGAUUUACUGGUCCCCUCGACCUACAUCGUACCGCGCGACGAUGAGAGGUGGCCCGACUCGACGAGGGGCAUGCCCCUCGGGAGGCGUGUGAGGCAGAUUCGGCGGCGCAACGACUAUCUGGGGAACGAUCCCGCGCGGUGGAGAAGCUUGGACGAGCUCGGCUUCUGCUGGGAGCCGAAAAGGACCAAACGAAGUGUGGUAGCAAGGGCAUUUAGACGCUAUGAGGAGCUAAAAAUGAACCCGGAAGCACCAUUAUCAGAUUACGAGGAAAUACUGAGCAAGGAAGACAUCGACUGGAACGCCGCGAAGGUUCCCCGAAACUUUGUCAUUGGGGAGGACGAUACGAGGUACCCGCGCGAGUGCCGCGGCUUGCAGCUCGGGGCGCGCGUCGCGGCGUAUCGACGGCCCCUCGCGAAGAGUAGGGAGGGCGCCUUCUCGCAGUUUCUUGUCGAGUUAGAAAGAUAUGUGGCGGAAUUUGGGAACGCGGACGUACCACAAAAUUACAAAACGAAGGCGGGCUACCCGCUGGGCACGCGCGUCGCGGCCGUGCGCUCGCGGGGCCAAUAUAUGAAAGGUGAACUGAAGGAGGAACGGCGGCGCCGGUUGGACCAACUGGGCUUCGUCUGGAAGAAGCAGAAGGGUCGGAGACGAGUAAGUACAUAACAUGGUUAACAGUUCAAGGUGGCGCGUCGAAGGCGUGGGGACUGGCGCUAGG